UCCACCUGGGAGCCCAGCCUGAGGCAGGGGAAGGCUGUGGGGGUCUCUGUCCUCACUGAGGCUCAGGGAAAGGUUAAGAGCAGAUCCAGGAUGAAAUCAAGUCCUCUGUGUUCAGGUGCCUUGGGAUAUAGGUCUCUGGCUGGAGAGGGGAUGCAUCUCUUGGGAGAGAUGGGUUUAGUGUUCUCAGGAAUGUGGGUAUUUCCUGGGUAGGAGGAACGGGAAGAGGGUUCUUUAGAUCAGGCGGCUCAGAUGCAGUCAGGCUAUAAAAGGGGCUGAGCUCACACGUGUUGCAUUAUGAAUAUGACCGACAGUAGUAUUUAGGGAAUUAGGGGGCUCCCAGCUGGCUCAGUUGGAAGGGUGGAGGCGUGUGAGACUCGUGAUCUCAGGGUCGUGGGUUCGAGACCCAUGUUGGGUAUAGAGAUUACUAAAUAAGAAAUAAAUAAACUUAAAAAAAAAUUUAGAGGGUUCGGUUUGGAGUGGGAACCAAGAGAGGUAUGGCACCGGGCACGAGUUUGGAAACUGAAGCAGGGAUGUGGAUGGGGCUGGGCCUGGGGGCGUGGAACGGGUGUCACUAUGAUGGAGCGAGUCUUCACUCCCCUCGUAGCCCAGGAUGGAAAUCGUUGAGAAGCUCAACCUAGGGUAGGGCCAUGCUGCAGUCCGCCGAAGUCUGGAGCGGCCCAGGAAGUGAGCAAUGAGUCAGUCUUCAGUAGCUCACACCUAAGGGCAGACCAGCCAAUCAGUCCCCUCCUAAGGAAACUACGUGCUUGCCGGUGAUUCUCAAACAGUCUGCUGGGGAGCUUAGGAGUGGCCUGAUCUGAACUGCCCAAUCAGAAACGGGUCAGUAAAGGCUGGGCCAGCUGGCUGCAAAACAUUCCAGUGCUGAUCAUUCUCCUUCAUUGGCCUACACCCUCUUCAGAAGCGAUGAUACCACGAAGGUGUAUCUUAGGAGUUCCUGUCUGCAUAACAAUUUUCUUCCUCCAGGGUUCAAAGGCAGUGGCAGUGUCUCCACCAGAUGCCCCCACGGGCUCAGGUCUGUGGCUGUGCCAGCCCGCCCCUCGGUGUGGGGACCAGGUCUACGACCCCUUGCAGCACUGCUGUAGCGAUGACACCAUCCUGCCCCUGAACCGGACUCGCCAAUGUGGCCCCAACUGCACCUUCUGGCCCUGCCUGGAGCUCUGCUGUCCCGAGUCCUUUGGCCCCAAGAGGUUUGUUGUGAAGUUGAAGGUCCUGGGUACCCAGUCCCAGUGCCCUUCGUCGCCCAUCUCCAGGAUCUGCCCCAGCUGAAGGAAACCUCUCUAGGUGAGCUCCUUACAAAAAUGGAAUGUUUUGCAUUUGCCAGCACAGACCCGCAUAUAUCACCAGCUUCCCGCCCUCCCCCGCCACAGCCCCCUGCAGGGUUGGCAGGAAAACAGAGAAGCCAACUGACCUGACCUGCAACCUGCCUCCUGGUCCCUGUGCUGCCCAUCUUUGGACACUCAGAGACUCCCCCACGACCUUCAACUCCUUGUGCCUCAGUCACUCACCUGUAAAAUAAGCAUGUUACCCAUCUCCUUGACGGACGUUUUGAGGAAGACACGCAGGAUUUGAGUAUUAGGGUGAGCAGGAUGAGAUGGAAACUCUUGGAAAAUCUGCAUGUGUAUUUUGAAAUGGAGACAAAUAAAAAAUAUAAAUUAGCCCAA